AUGUCCUCCGAGUCUCAUCCACUGAUCCCAAAUGGUGCAUUGCAAUGCUUGCUAGGCAGCGAGAGUAUCGGAGCAGAAGAUGUAGAGCAAGACCAUGAGGAGGAAGUCGAGUCGCUGCUCGCCAGCCUUCAAGACCUUGGUGUUCAUUGCAGACAAGAACCUGGGACUACUGCUAACUCGGCGACAGAUGACGUUGACGAAGAUGAUAACUCUGUCAAGAAACAGAAGCUAGACUUGAACAUGGCGAAGAAGCAUUUGAAAAAAGCGUCGGAGCAGGUCGUUGUUGCGAACACCUUGCAGGAAUAUCAGCGCUAUUGGGAGCAAUUCGUGGUGUUCUGCGCUGAGAUGGGCUUUGUGGGUGAAGCCGACGAACUUGAAACUUGCGAUCACGGUAUUCCGGAGGAUGUCCCGACGUGGAUGGCAGUGUGGAUCAUGAACAAAGCGGACGAGCUGGAUAUCUAUACAGGCAAGCCAAAGGGCCUGACCGUGUCGCGCGUCAAGUACGCAACCGCUCAAAAAAUGCGUGCAGCAAUCAGCCACAAGUUCGGUCGCGACUUCGGUUUCGGUGACCAGCCAUGGACUCAAAACCCUGCAACUGGAAAGUUCACGGGGAACCCUUCGCUGUCAGUUACAGUAUCGCAGUACAUGAUUAGCUUACAGCGGCGCAAGCCCUCAUCCUGA